GCACCGCGAGCGCGGCCACGCGCGCCGCCCGCGCCCAGCCGCCGCCCGGGCGCCCAGGCUGGCACGGGGUGAAAUGGCAGCCUCCUCCUCCUCCUCCUCGGCCGGCGGAGUCAGCGGCAGCUCCGUGACAGGGUCGGGGUUCAGCGUUUCGGACCUGGCACCGCCUCGGAAAGCCCUCUUCACUUACCCCAAAGGAGCUGGGGAGAUGCUGGAAGAUGGCUCCGAGAGGUUCCUCUGUGAGUCUGUCUUCAGCUUCCAGGUGGCGUCGACGCUGAAGCAGGUGAAGCACGAUCAACAAGUCGCAAGGAUGGAAAAACUAGCCGGUCUGGUGGAGGAGCUGGAGGCAGAUGAGUGGAGGUACAAGCCAAUAGAGCAGCUCCUGGGAUUCACUCCUUCCUCGGCCUGAGUGUGUCUGGAUUGCUGCUGUCAGGGAGCAGAAGAAAAACAUUCCCUGGCCUGGCUUCCAAACCCCCCCCAUCCAUGAGAUGCUGACAGCUGCAUCGGCACGGCGGGGCUCUGUUUGAGAGCGGGGAUCCCCCGUAAAGCUGCCAAUAAACAGAAAUGACUGGAUUCUGUAAGUCCUCACUCUGACAGGCUGGCAGGGCUCAGGCUCUGUAACUUAGAAGGCAGGAUCAGCUGUGCAGCUCUCGGAGAGUCACUGUAUUAUUGACAGAGGAGGGCACACUGACAGUGUGGCCGCGGGGAGGGCGACCCAGUAACUCGGCCUGGCCCUGCGCUGGCACACGGCCGGAGCUCCGGGUGACUGGGGAAACCCCUGUCUGUGCUCUGCAGCAAAUGACACCCUGCCAAAAACACUCCUGAGCCCCAGCCCUUGUUCUGAGGGAUGGACAGGGCAGGAACUGUCCCAGGUCAGGUGAGGUGCCAGGCAGUAACUCCGAAGCUGUUCCCUCUCCAUCACCAUUUCUCUAGUAGCGCUGGUAAGGAAGGACACUGCUCUUUCUUUAACACUCUGAAUCUUUUUCCUCUUUGUUCUGUAUUAAAUUUCUCUGUGACAAUAAAAUAAUUCUCUCUU